CCACGCGUAGUCCUCGUCUUCUCCGUCUUAUUACACCGAUCUUUUUCCGUUGUUAUAUCAAACUUCCGACGUCUUAUCAUCAUGGGUUUGAAGGAGGACUUCGAGGAGCAUGCUGAGAAUGUCAAGAAGCUCACAACGAGCCCCUCAAACGAGAACUUGCUCAUCCUCUACGGACUCUACAAGCAAGCCACCGUCGGGCCUGUCACCACCAGUCGUCCUGGAAUGUUCAGCAUGGAGGAAAGAGCCAAGUGGGAUGCUUGGAAGGCCCUUGAAGGAAAAUCCACUGACGAAGCCAUGAGUGACUACAUCACUAAGGUGAAGCAACUCCUUGAAGCAGAGGCUGCCGCGGCUUCAACUUGAUGAAUAUUUACAUAAUGAUUCAUCCUCUGUCUGCAGUAGUCCUAUAUAUAAGCUUCAAAUAACUUAGCAUAAGACUUAUUCUUUUUGUUUCUUGAGUUUCUAUCGUUUAUGAAUCUGUAUUUACUUUGUGAACUUGGUCUUGAUUUUAAUAUGCCAUAUGGUUUGGCAUCUCUGUGUAAUAUUGGUCUCAACGAAGCGGCUUAAUGAAAAUUGUGACC